CCAGAUUUGAAUAGUUAUAAAAAUACAAAGAGACCAGACAUUAUUUCUAGAUAAACAAAUUUCUGUAAAAACAUCCUAAAUGCUUAUGUCAUGUUCCUUCAAAGCUACGGAGUAGUAUUUAAUUUUUUUUUGAACUCGCAGGUUAACAAUGGCAAAUUGGUCACUUUUGUCAAGAAACAGGGUCAACUACUCAACUCACUUCGGUUUAUUUCGUACAUCGUCAUGCAACUCUGAUGUGUUCUCUUGGCGUGUACAAUGUAUUGAUGGGUUUCCAUUUUCCAGCUAUAUUGACUUAAUCAAAGGUCGGUCAAGGUUUGUUUUCUGUCACUCUCCUUUUCUCCGUUAUUUAUCCCUUCCUUUAUUCUGCUUGUGAACUAACUAUUUUGUGCUGGGUAGAUGAACCAACUCAGGCGGACACUACAAUGCUGAGAUUUGUCUUUUACUGUUAGCACUUUAAAUCACCUGUUCUGGUCGAUUUCAGGUUUUGAGGUUGUGCUAUCACAGUAGACUUCGAGAAUUGAUGAGGGAGAAGGAAAGAUUACAUUUUUAUUGCAUUUGAGAUAAACCUAUUUAUUUUGGAUUUGGGAUUUUCCACCAGUUUUUUCGUAGUUAUAUGCUUCAUUUUCUAUUCAAGAACCCAUUGAUGAGGGGGAGAGCAAGAGGAAAGCAUUGAGCCGCCUAAAAAAUCUGCAAUGGUGAAGUGAAUUUUGAUCUUUCAAAACUAUUCUUAAUAGUCAGCCUCGAAGAAUUGUGGAUUUGGGUUUGGUCACAUUCCAAACAGAUAUGGGUGUACCCAAUAACCACCCGAACGGCUUGGAGGAAAAACUAGAUGAAAUCCGACAAAAAAUUGGAAAGUCCGAUAGUGACUUGCUGAGGAUAGUAGGGGUGGGGGCCGGGGCUUGGGGUGCAGUUUUUGUUGCAUUGCUUCAGGACAGUUAUGGUCCUUUUCGUGAUAAGGUCCAAAUUCGGAUAUGGAGAAGGGCAGGGAGGGCUGUGGAUAGAGACACAGCCAAACACCUGUUUGAGGUUAUCAACUCAAGAGAGGACGUGUUGAGGAGGCUGAUUAGGCGUUGUGCGUACUUGAAAUACGUGGAGGCAAGGUUGGGCGACCGGACACUAUAUGCGGAUGAAAUAUUGAAAGACGGGUUUUGCUUGAACAUGAUUGAUUCCCCACUUUGUCCCUUGAAGGUUGUAACCAACUUGCAGGAGGCGGUUUGGGAUGCAGAUAUAGUGGUCAAUGGGUUGCCUUCAACUGAAACCCGUGAAGUGUUUGAGAAGAUUGGUGAGUACUGGAAAGAGAGAUUGACUUCCCCGAUUAUCAUCUCUUUGGCUAAGGGCAUUGAAGCUGAAUUAGAUCCGUUUCCUCGUAUAAUUACACCCACCCAAAUGAUAAACCGAGCAACUGGAGUACCAAUAGAGAAUAUUCUAUAUCUCGGUGGCCCAAAUAUUGCCUCAGAGAUCUACAACAAGGAAUAUGCUAAUGCUCGGAUAUGUGGGUCAGAGAAAUGGAGAAAACCACUUGCAAAGUUCUUGAGGCAACCCCAUUUCAUUGUUUGGGAUAAUAGUGACCUUGUUACCCAUGAAGUUAUGGGAGGUCUGAAAAAUGUCUAUGCCAUUGGAGCUGGAAUGGUGGCUUCUCUGACUAAUGAAAGUGCUACUAGCAAAUCAGUAUAUUUUGCUCACUGUACUUCGGAAAUGAUAUUUAUAACCCAUUUAUUGACUGAAGAACCCGAAAGGCUUGCUGGGCCGCUGCUUGCUGACACAUACGUGACACUGCUGAAAGGACGCAAUUCUUGGUAUGGCCAAAUGAUUGCUACGGGAGAACUCAGUCUGGAUCUGGGAGACAGCAUAAGUGGCAAAGGGACAAUUCAGGGAGUUUCAGCUGUAGGAGCAUUUUAUGAACUUCUAAGUCAAUCCAGCUUAAGUGUGUUGCAUCCUGGGGAGAACAAGCCAGUUGCUCCGGUUGAGCUUUGCCCCAUUCUGAAGACGUUGUACAAAAUACUUAUAACAAGGCAAGAAAAGGUGCAAGCUAUUCUCCAAGCACUAAGGGAUGAAAACUUGAAUGAUCCCCGGGAUCGGAUAGAGAUUGCACAAAGCGGUGCUUUCUACAAGCCUUCCCUCCUUGGACACUCUUGAGGAAUGGAGGGGUUCUUCUGCCUAUGCAAAAACUAUAUAAAUAAUCAUAAGAACUUGCAUAUGUAUGUGUUGAUGCCUGUUUGGAUUAGCAUUUUUCGUAAACUUGAGUUUGAAAAAAUGCACUUUUGGUGGAUUUAGAAGCUAAACUUAUUGGCUUAUAGCUAUGGUAAAAAAUAGAAAAUACAACAGCAAGAGAACACUUCUUUAAUUUGCUCCAUUAAAUACCACCAGUUCAAAUUCC